UAAAAAUCUUUAUUUACUGUCAAACUUUCAGUCCACUGAAUGUUCUGUGGAUUUAUCCUUUUAUUUAUUAUGUCAAAAAGCAGAUUUUCACAGUAAUUUAGCAACCUGGAAAGAAAACACAGCAACAGCUGCUUUAAGUGGAUCAAACAUAAUCAGACUUUAUCUCAAAGUUACUGUUUGGCUGUCUUCGGUUUCAACAUGCAGAUAAGUAGAAGAAUAACCUUUGCCCUCUGAGACAGUUAAUCAUUCAGCUCCGAACACAAUGACAGUCGGUGGAAGCUCAGAGAGGACUCCUCCAUCGCUGCAGAGCUGGAAUGGCAGAUAAACCAUCAGACGAUUCAUCCCAGCAUGAAAACCAGGAGGAGCAAAGCAAAAGUUGUGGAUUCCUGCAGGACGUCAGGAAAUUCAACCCCAAAGACGUUUUCACCUGGCAGCUUGCCAAGACGCUGGGCAUGGGUCAAGGUCUGGCGGCUUUCAUCUGUGGAACGGCCGUCUCCUCCCAGUACCUGGCCUCAAACUUCCACGUGGACACGCCCAUGCUGCAGAGCAUGCUGAACUACAUGCUUCUGUGCGUCACCUACACCAGCCUGCUGCUCUGCAGGACAGGGGAUGGCAAUAUCUUGCAGAUUCUGAGGAAGAGGUGGUGGAAGUACUUUCUGCUGGGGCUGGUGGACGUGGAGGCCAACUACACUGUGGUGAAAGCGUACCAGUACACCACCCUGACCAGUGUGCAGCUGCUGGACUGCUUCAUCAUCCCCGUCCUGAUGCUGCUGUCCUGGUGGAUUCUGAAGACCCGUUACAAAGCGGCUCAUUAUGUCGCCGUGGGCCUCUGUCUGCUUGGAGUGGGGGCCAUGGUGGGGGCAGACCUGCUGGCAGGACGAGAUCAAGGCUCCACCUCAAACAUCCUGCUGGGCGACGCCUUGGUCCUGCUCAGCGCGGUGCUGUACGCCGUGUCUAAUGUGGCUCAGGAGUACACAGUGAAGAACCUGAGCAGAGUGGAGUUUCUGGGCAUGCUCGGCCUGUUCGGCACCGUCAUCAGCACCCUACAGAUGGUCGUCCUGGAGCGAAAGGCGGUUUCUACCAUCAAGUGGAGCUGGGAAGUAGGACUCCUGUUCUGUGCAUUUGCUCUGUGCAUGUACGCUUUGUACAGCUUCAUGCCCAUCGUGGUGAAACUCAGCAGCGCCACCGCCGUCAACCUCUCGCUGCUCACGGCCGACCUGUUCAGCCUCUUCUGUGGGAUCUUCCUCUUCCACUACAGCUUCUCCGGACUCUACCUGGUCUCCCUGGUGGUCAUCCUGAUCGGCUUCAUCACCUUCAAUGCCGUCCCAACUGUUACUAGGUCUGCAGAGCCCACCACCUCUUCCUCCUCCUCCUCUUCCUCCAUUGGCGAGGACGCUUGCUUCGACAAUCCCGUCACUCAGGAGGACGUCUCCAAAGAAGUGUCUGUUCGGAUCCCAGCUGAGGUGGAACUGAGGGGGGAACAAAAGAGGAAGAGGAGGGCUGCAGAAGAACACGAUCGUGAAGAUGCCGUUGGAGUCAGAAGCAGCACUAAAAUGUGAAGAGCAGCACGAGUGUCCAUGAAAAAUUCAAGAAUUAUGGAGUUUUUCUUAGCUUUUUGAGGCUGAUCUGUUUUAUUCUUCUUUUUGUCAGAGGCAUGAAAUGUUCUUGAUUUUGACCAAUAAAUAUUCCUCUUCAUGUGUGAACAUCAUCGUCCGUCUUUCAGAUAGCUUCUGACAGGUGAGAACCGGUCAUGAUUCCUCUCUGUCUCUGUGGGUCAAACUCACCGAUGACCCUUCAUUGUGCUCAAAUAUGAACACCUGGAACAUUUUCAAAUCUCAUUUGUCAGCCGUGUCACACUGAGUCACAUGAUGUCUGUUGAGUUUUAUUUGCUAAAAAGUUGCUGAUGUGACUUGUAGAGUCUUAGAAAUGUUUAGACUGUGUAAAGUAAACCAAUUAGAAAGAAUACAUUAAAGAUAAUUUAC